UUCUUUAUAGUCUUCUUUCUCUUUUUUUUUUUUUUUUUUUUUUUGAAAAAAAGUAUUAUGGUUAUUUUCAGUAGAACAUUAUUUUUUCUUAUUACGAUUUUUACGCUAUCAAUAAUUGUUACCUUUGCACAAGAACCUAUAGAAUACACUGAAAGUUUACCUGGUUUUCGUUUUGGAGGCUCAGAUACAUAUAAGGAUGGAACAAUCAUAUUACUUUUUACUCAAGGAAAUAAUCAAACAAAAUUUUUAGACACAAAAAUUCAUUUACGUAUUAUCUUUGUUAAUAGAACAAUUCUUCCUGUAGAGAUUAACUAUAACUCGCUUCCUGAUUUUAUUCCUCAAUGUAACUCUAUAAAUCCUCUUUUAUGUGCUACGACUUUAACACCAAAAGCAUUAAUAGAGAGAUAUGUUCUUAUAGAAUCCAGUCAAAAUGGAUCACCUCAUAAACAGAUAAUUAUUUCAUGGGAUGGAAUAAUAUAUGGGUACGAGUUUUAAGAUUUUUUCUUUUCAUAUGCGUUUAUAAAUCUUUUAAGUGAUUAAUGUUAAUGUUAAUUUAGCGUAUAUGACAUAAAAAAUAAAUAUCAAGUGACAACUGAUCUUGAUUCCAAACAAGAAUUUUUCAUAUCAGAAUUACAAAAUGCUACAACACUAAUAUGGAGAAGAUUUAUCGUUCAAAAUCAAAAUGAAUUAAAAGAAGAGAAUGGAACAUAUAACGUAUUUAAAGAUAAUACUUUUAUAUAUUUGUAAGGGUUUUUUUUUUAAAAAAAAAUUUAUUAACUAAAUUAAUUUUAUUCAAGACUAUAAAUUUUU